AUGUUACAACUUCGAGAAGUUAUCGGAAAGAAUGACACAUAUCUGUCUUCCCGUGGCGUGCAGGGAUUGACUGUGAGCGUCGUUUUCACAAGCCUGGCAACUUGCUUUGUGGCCCUGAGGAUGUAUACCCGGAUCAAGCUCAUGAGACGUGUGGAAGCAAAUGACUGGAUGGUGGUCAUUGCCUUGGUCAAUUCAUAUGUCUUCAUGAGCCUAGACAUUGUCGAGGCUGUCAGUGGCAUGGGCAUGCACUUUGUAGAUAUCCCGCCUCACAUCUUUAUACGACAAAUGAAGGCCUUCUGGCUCACCAUCCCUUUUUACAACGCCGCCGUGCUUUGUGCCAAAGCCUCGAUCUUGAUGCAGUAUUUCCGAGUGUUCCCUACACAACGAAUGCGCGUGGUCUGUUGGAUAAUGAUCUCGAUACUGGGAAUCUACGGUACUUGGGCGGUGCUCAGUGCUUUCUUGAACUGUAUUCCAGUUGCCAAAUUCUGGGAUGACUCAAUCCAAGGCUCUUGUUUGAGCAAGACCGCACUCUGGUUCUCGAACGCCAGUAUGCAUAUAGCGACCGAUCUUGCUAUUCUCAUCAUUCCCAUCCCAGCUCUUAUGGCGGUCGAUUUACCACGAAGGCAAAAAUUUGCAUUGAUGGUUAUGUUCGCCUUAGGUGGAUUUGUUUGCAUCACCAGUAUCGUCCGUCUUGUCAGUUUGAAGACAAUAUCCGAUUCCACCGACCCCACCUACGACAACGUCGGCGCGGCAUCCUGGUCAGCAAUUGAAUGCAAUACAGGAAUUAUCUGUGCUUGCCUACCAACCCUCAAACCGCUCAUUGCACGUCUCUUCCCCGGAAUGAUCACCACAUUCAGCGGAAGCAGUCCCACUCACGGCGACACAACCCAACGUAUCUCCACCUGGAACGGCGAUGAAUCAACCCUCGGCGCACCAUGUGAAGACCCCGAGUAUGGUGCUGGAGAUCCCGAGCGCAUUCUUGAGCUUGUUCCUGGGCGUGGAUUCAAAUCACCCCAAACCGAGGUUACUCAACAACCGAUGGGAAUGACUCAGGUACAUCCAAUGCCUGCGCCCCAGAUACUGCCAAACCAUCGAGUCACUCAUUCGACGGAUUCAUACUCGUCGUUCAAUUGA